AUCCCGAAGCGUUAUUCGUCGUUUUGGAGAACUCAUCUUUCCCUCGAACGACCAGUUCGUCCCCGUGCUUGGACGACGCAAGUUCGUACACAAUGCCGGCGAAGUCAGGUACGCUGUGUCCACUCGCCCUCCAGAUAAUAUGUCGGAGCCAUUUGAAUGGGAAGAGUUGUGUCGCUCUCUUCCCUUCCACCGUCUACAGUCUUUCAGUUGCUGGGACGUGAUGGCCGAUCAGCAUAUCCUCUCCUUGCUUUGGUCGUGUCCAGACAUAACAGUUCUCGAGCUCAUCUGGGACCAAAUGCGGGGCCUGCCGGACUUCCGUCCUUGGCCUCGACUUGCGAAGCUGCGACUUCACUUCGCCGACUCAAACCCACCCUCCUCUUGCGUGUAUCCGUCGACCUUCCCGUCCUAUGACAUGCUUACUACGCUGAUGGUAUUCGAAGAAGGGCACUCAAGCUGGCUCUGCGCGCACAUCCAAGAGGCCACUUUCCCCAGGCUUCGGGUUAUAAGUCUGCAGCACACCACAAUUGUUCCGCAGGCGAUAUACCAGUUCAUCCAUCGUCAUCCCACGCUAUUGGAGGUGAACGUGUCCAUGUACGACUACUACAACACCGCACUCGUCUUCGAGGGUCUUUUGAAACUGAUUGAUGGCACGGGCAAUUGGGGCGAUCCAAACGAUCCAAGCAACGAGGGCGCUGUGGACAUCAUCGACUGUGAUCCCGACGGCAUACCGCCGAGCGAAACGUUCAUCACCUUCACGACAUUCGCCUUCAGUCGCGUCCCGCUUGCCCCCUUGGCCACGGAAUGGCGAGACUGGAAUGGUUCAGCUGAGCCACGGUAUACGGUCACCACUCUUGCAAUGGAGAUCAAGGGCCAGGAUGAAUGGGAAUACGAGGGGUUUCAUGUGACCCGGCUCCAUGGCUUUUUGGAGAACAUGGCCCCUCGCUUUCCGAAGCUCGAGGUGCUGCGCCUGGGCUACCACACGGACUACACGGAUUGGAGCUUCUGCGGAUUCAUGGAAGCCUGCGCAGCGAGCCUCAAGCAAUGGCCCAAGUUGCGCAAGCUGGCGUUCUGCUGGGGUGACCUGCGUCAGUUCGUCUGGCGUGCAGGACAACAAAUGCACAGGCUCGGCCAGGUUGAGCCUCCUGUCAACCUUCCUUACGCCUUGAUGAAUGAGCAAUUGGACAACAUCCACUCUCGAUACCUUGGACUGGAGGAAGGCUUUCCGUACACCUUGGAGCAUAUUCGUUUGAUCUACGGUCUCGGCGAUGACGAAGUCGCGAAGCUCAUAGAAGACAUCGCGGACGUUCUCAACGAGUCUGUCUACCUCGACGAGGCGAUGGACGACCCACAUUUGGUGAUGCGAGCGUGGCAGGGCUUUUGCGAACGCCAGUACGUUGAACCGAUGAUGCGUGCGUGGGCGCGGUGCUGCCCGAUGCUUGAGGAGAUCGAGUGGUACCCCGUCGGGCCUUUCUAUGUGGAUUAUCCUGUUCGUUGGAUGUGGAAGGUGUACAGGGAGCGUGACGGCAGGGACGUACGAAGGAUGACUGGCGAACUGACUUACAAAGGGUGUCCUCGGGGCAAUGCACCCCCGUUCGAGGUCCUGGUCGGGCAGGAGCUGGACAAUGUCAUACGACAGCAAUCUACUGUUUCUUAUGAAUCUUGACUAUUUUCAUCUAGACGGUGCCGCAUUCUGAUUGUACUUGGACAAAGUUAAUAGCACACUACUAAUAAAUAGGCUGCC